AUGCAACCGAAUCCGCAAGGGCAACUGAAUUUACCAGAGCAAGUAAUAAAAACACCCACCCGACUUUACCUCAACUGUUCGAGCACCCAAUACCUUCGUUAUCUUGUGCACGUUAUACUCAAGCUUAAAGGUGUCUAUGAAGAGAUCCCCAAUAACAUCAUCGACGAAACAGUGGAUGAAGCGAUCAAAAACUAUAAUCAGAAAGAUAUUAAAAUUCAAGUCGAAGAAGGAUCUCGCGCAUACCAUCAGCAUCCGAUCGCAAAAUUUUUCGAGAAGGGAUUGGAAUCACUUGUACCUACACAACCAAUCGAUGCGCACGCCAAGAAAGAAACCCUGCAUUAUCACACAAAACAAGAGAGAUCUACGACCUUUACAUUUCGAAACCCAACGAAAACAUAA